AUGGGCGAUGUGAUCCGCGUGCUGCUCUUGAACCCCGUGACGAGCGUCACGUCGCUCGUGUGUCUGCAGCGUCCGCUGGAGUGGGAGAGCGUGCUGAGCGACUUUUAUCAGGUCAUUACGAACUCGGACGACGAGCCCGCGCCGAGUAUUUUGGCCAAGUGCAAAGUGCUACUGCACCCGACCAAGUCAAAAAGCGAAAAAGGAGUUGUGGUUCGCAAAAGUGCACUGAAUCGGUCGAUUCGGGAUGGAGAUCUCUUGUCUCUGGAAGGAUUCCAGCUCAAUGAAGCAACCGGACCUCCUCCUGAACUGCUGGAUAUAAUGGAGACGCUGGAUUUCCAUGACUUGGACGCUGAGUUGGCUCCGUCUGAUACGGUCAAAUGCAGUGAUUCCACGGUAACCAACAAGUCGGUACUGGAGACGGUACCGUCUUGUUCUGUAUCAACCGUGGGUGCAUCUCGAGGCAACUCACGCCAGUCCAAGCGAGGACGCAGUCUCUCGUCCAAGUUCUGGCUCGUGAACAAACUGGCAGCCAGUGGCAAGAUUAGUAAAGAGCAGAAAGAUUCGCUCAAGAUGCUGCUCAUUGCAUCGGACGACUCGGCGCUGCAUCAAGCUUUCGAGCAGUAUGAAGAGACGGGGGACUUGGAUACGCUGCUCAAUUUGCAUGUGAACUCGAAGAAGUCGUUCGUGGGUUUGCCUCCGCUGUCCACGGAAGCUUUUGACUUCCAGCUGACGCAAAACAUUGAGAACGAGUUGGAUUUGCUUUCCAUGCGAAGCUUCCACGUUGGUGGAGGCGACACGUGCUCUCCGGUUAGUGAGGCGCUUUCAUCUGGUACGCUGUUACCGGCAAGGCCGACGACGAGUGCUGUUGCUUGCAACGAGCCGAUUCCGUUUACCAACUCAAAUGGCGACGUUGUGGACCCGUUGGACGCCUUGUUAGAGUCGACGUUGGACUCGCUGCCUAUGCCAAUUGGUCAUGGUGACGGACAGAACUUGCCGUCGGCACUGCCAGGUGAUUUGCACGGCAUGGAGGAAUGGCUGCAGGAUUAG